UCUUUGACCAUAGCAAUGAAGAGACAGAGAGAUGAAGAAGGAAUAGAGACCAUAGACUUGGCUAAUUGUCUAAUGUCGCUCUCUCAUCCCCGAGAAAACAAAACGCAGAAACGUUUUGGCCCAGUGGAAUUUGAGUGCAACACAUGCAACCGCAAGUUCUCGUCGUUUCAAGCCCUCGGUGGCCACAGGUCUAGUCACAAGAAACCGAAACUCGAAACGAAAGAACUCAAAGCACAGACAAAAACUCUGAGCUUUGGGAAUAAACACAAAGUGCACGUGUGCUCCAUUUGUGGUGAGGAAUUCUCUAUGGGUCAGGCACUUGGAGGACACAUGAGAAGACACAGAAUUGCAUUCAACGAAGGAUUUUCUUCUAUAAACCAUGUUGUUGUAAAAGUCCCAGUUCUGAAAAGGUCGAAUAGUACAAGGGUUAUGUGCUUGGACUUGAACUUAACACCUUUGCAGAAUGACUUGAAGUUGUUGUUUGGAAACAUGGCUCCCAAAGUUUGA